GGCAGUCCGGUUUGAGUGACCCUGGCGCCGGCACGGGUACACUCAGCUGUGUGCCGUGAGCAGACUAUCACGGGCAACGCUCGUGAACGUGUACCGUGAGGAAGACCGUCGUGAGGGUGAAGACCGUCGUCGGCUGCGUCGCAUCGUUUCCGACGAGUAGACGUCGUGAAAGGAAUCCGAGGCGGAAGCAGAGAAUCCGGGAGUGUCAGACUGUGCCGUGAGACGGUAGUUGAUCGUGUUACUCCCAAUCGUCAGUAAGAUCUUUGAGUUCGCCAUUUGAUCAACUAACUCCGGGUGGAGUUGAUCAUCUGAUCUCAUCUUCAGAAGCUCACAUCAGGCCAGCUCUGUGUUUUGCAUCACAGUCGUGCCCAGUUGAGCUUACCACCGUCGUUGUGGUCGCAGCUUUUCAUAUCGUGACUUUUAUCGAUCGGGACGGUGGUCACGAAACAAGUCUCGCCGCUCGCCGCGCCCUGUGCUGGACCAUAGCCGGGUGCACUGACGUAAAGAGACACCAGUGAGGUCAACGAAGGGUCGGAAGAUCGGAACGUGAAGAUUGUGAUAGUUGCAGGACAGUUGCAACCGCUGUGAGAACUGUUGCGGAGUAUUGGCUGGUGAUCGAUUUGAAAUUCAAGCCGUUGUGACCUCCGUGACCUUUCUCGAAGUGACUAUGUCGCAGCAGGUUGACCCGAAUGACCCGCGUGUGCGUCAGUUGGUCUACAACAAGUACCGUGAUAUGUUAGGGGCGUGUCACGGUCGCAGUAACGAGAUGGUGGGAAGAGCGCCUCAGGGCAAGGCGGUGAUUCAGGACAGAGGCGUUACAGAGCAGAUCAGAAGCAUGGCGCAACAGAAGACCAGUGCCCAGUCAUUGGCCACCGGUGCCACCCCACACACAAACGGCUCAGCCGUGAACGGUUCACACGACACUCCGGUCACGGGCGUACCGCCGCCGCCGCCGCCGCCGCCGCCGCCCCCGCCCCCGCCCGGAGCACAUAGGCCAACAGCUGAGGUGUCUCCCCAGUCGACUGCCGAGCCGCCUGCAGUGAUACAGAACGCCAUGGCGACCAAGGACAAGAAACCCUUCAGCUACCUGCCCGUGGGAGGUUUCAGCGCCACGGGGCUCAGUUCUGAGCUGAGCAUCUCAGAACAGCGACUAACCAAAGCUCAGCAGGAGGGAGAGAAUGGAACGGACUCUUCCGCGGGUGUUGCUUCUACACCAGGCGGCGACACUCGCGUGGAAGCGGGAAGCGGAAGUGACAUUGGAGUGGGAGUUUCUGCACCUGUAGGUGGCGCCCCUCCCCCUCCGCCCCCUCCCCCUCCCCCACCCCCAGCCUCCAGUGCCAGUGUCCGAAGCCAGCGUUCAGCUCCAUGGGCUCAGAAUCUAUCCCGUCACCGCUGUACUGACGCAUCACAACCUACAACCACGGCAUCUUCAACAGCAAGUGCCCCCAAGGAGAAACCUACUCAGCGCUGGGGAGCUGCUCCAGUUCCGACAGAGGCGCAGCUUCAGACAGCUCUGAGGCAGACAUCAGCCGGAGAGACUCUACGCAGGGAGGCUGCGGCUGCGGCUGCUGUUAUUUUGGCACGGACUGCGGCCGAGGAAGCGACGCAGAAAGAGACGCAGAAAGAGACGCAUAAAGAGACGACGACGGCGACUCGGAUGGCUCCGGCAGCGGCAUCAUCGUCGCAGCCGACGCAGCCGAUGGUGAAGGCGAAAGCAGCGACGCUGCAGCGUCGGGUAGGACCCGCGUCUUCCUCAUUCGAUGGGGAGAUGAGAGCCGGAGGACUGUCACAGAGGAACAACACGCUUCCGAGGCAAAUGAAGCUAUCCAAUCAGCAUGACUCACAGGGACGUCAGGGAAAAAUGACAGCGGCUGGACAGAAAAAUGCCGCAUCGAAGCAGACAUCUCCCGUUUCUGCAACAACUCAACCCAGCUGGGCUGUGAAUUCUGCUACCUCUCCGACAAACUCUCAGCAGAAUGGCAGAGGCGGAAGGCAGUCGACCUCACCGUCCGCUGCUGCGCAGGUGGCGCCACCAGCUGCAGCGGUCACUGGACAGGUAGCGCAGUUAUCGCAGCGCUGGCCGCCGGCCGCUGCGGGCCAGGCCAGCCGAACGUCGCCUCCAAAAGCGGAUCAGGUUGUCCUGAACCAGACUGCUGUGAAGCAAACGAAACAGAAAAACGCCAGCCAAAAUCAGCGAGGUGUGCAGAAGACUGAAGCCUCGUCAACUACAGCCAAACAGACCUCAGCUGUUCAACCCGCUUCGAGCCACGUAGCCGCUACCCAGGCACCCACGGGCCACGCAGCCACAAAUGGCCACUCUGUACCCCACCAGGUCCCUCUCUCCCAGUCAGCUCUAGCCGCUCUGCAGGAGAACGCCGACCAGACAGCAGUGAAGAUCGCCGCUCAUCCUCCGUGGAGAGUCACCAAAGGCAGUGGUAGUGCUGCCUCGGGAGCACCGGCACCCGCUGCGGCUUCGAGCCAGGCUGUGGCUUCGGGCCAGACUUCGGCUUCGGCACGCGGUCAGCUUUACAUCCCUCCCGUCUCAAAGCCAGUGUCGGCGGCAGAAGCGCUGGCCUCGCCUCCGCCACGCGCCUCGGCUGCGCCACCCUCCUGGCGGCAGGUGCGACCGGCAGGUCAGGCGGGGUCAGCGACAGUGACCUCGGCUCCCGCGGCGGGUCACAUGGGAGGAACGCUGAGGUCUCAGACUAAGGCACGGCCGGCCGGCGGGCAGCAGCAGCAGCAGCAGCAGCAGCAGCAGCAGCAGCAGCAGCAACAGCAGCAAACUCCUAUGGCUGUCAUGACGUCGCGUACAACUACAAUCCCCCUCCAGAUGAGAAUGGGACCGGACGGAAAGCCCCAAAUCAGCAUCGGCGGACGUCCACUGAAGAUCACUGACGAGGGUGUACAGUUCCCCGUGGAGUUGUUCUUCCCGCCAAACGGCGGACAGCAGAACGGGACCAGAAGCAGCUUGGAGCAAAAGAAGAAGCAGCCAACACCUUCGACUGGUCAACCGAAGCCAGUCCGUCGCCACUCAUCCGGUCCCGUUCCAGUGGACUCGGCAGGUGACCCGAUACCAUCCAUGAGGAGCGUGCAGCUCUCAGAGGAGGACAGACAGCUGAUGGCAGCCUUCAGACAGAGUGUCGAUGGUGACGCCUCGCUGCACUCAGAGUCGGACCCCCGCUAUCGAGGCGGACACAUCCCUUCUCGAACGUUCCGUCUGCUGCAGGCCGCUACCGGGGAGACUGGACCGGUUGCAGGCGGCAGAGUCCACGCUGAAAGGAUCGGAGGGCCCGGACCCGCCAGGGCUGUGCUCAUCAACAUGAGGUCUGGCAGACCAGGCACAGGAAUCGGCAGUCCGGCGGCGCGCAGUCCUCUAUCUGGGGCGCCUCUAACGACGAGAAAGUAUGUGCCGACCACCGGUACACGCACCUUCAGAGGCUCAACUUCGACCUCCGAACAGCUCGAGCUUGCUCGCCUGGGGCUGCCGUCGGUUACAUCACCAGUCUGCCGACGCACGACGCGCGCCUCUCUACUGCUACUGCCGUCUGAAUCCAGCUCUAGCAUCGUCGCCGAGAAUCCCACAUCUACUUCAAAUCAUCCCACUUCUGCCACCAAGAGCGUCACCGCCGCAACCAGCGUCACGCCGACACGCGCCGGCCGGCCCGCCUCGUGCCGACUGUCGCGUCUUCUCAGCGAUCUCAGCACCCCUAGCGGACGCACGCCGAGUCUGAGUAGCGUGUUCAGUGGCGCCAGCUGCAGCAGUGGCUUCGCGAGCGGAAGCAGCGGCUUUGCCAGUGGCGGAAGCUCUAAGGCCACCUCUGAGGCGUCGGAUUGUGAGCUGUCCCUUGAUGGGGAUUGUGAUUCGGAGCCUGGCCAGGCUUCGGUCACCGAACAAUCCAGAGUCUCCAGUGGUCAUCACGCGCGGGAGGAGAAAGACGGGUCACGUCUGACGCCUGCGCUCAAACGAGGAUCGGAUUCCAGUGAUGAUACUGUGGUCGAACGGCGGCCGCAGCCGCGCGCGGCCAGUCCUGGUCGCCUGGCUGCUCGCGACGCUCGAGACUCAUCCAAGAAAUCUCCCUCAAGAGCUGAUGCCAGAUCUCCCGCCAGGUCGGUGGAGAGGUCGCUCAGCAGAUCACCUGCAGUGUCCAGUGUAAAGUCGUUUUCAAAGCGGGAAGAAAAUUCGGGAUCAUUAAAGUCCACAGAAAGAUCGCUGACCAGGUCGUCAGCAAGUCCGCGUUUGGAGUCGCCAGUCAGACCUGAUUCCAAAACUACAACGCGAUCUCAUGUAGACGCAUCUCCAAGUCUGUCUGAACCGUCAACCAAGAAAUCUAGUUCCAAAUCAGGGAAGGUUGCAUAUAAGUCCUCAGACAAAGCGUCAAAUAAAUAUGUUCAGCCCUCGAUCCUCACGAAAUCAAGUCCUAGACCGGAGAAAGUGGACUCCGAAUCAGAAUCAGAAGAACCGGAGACCGAACAAGAGACCUCGAAAAAAGACCUGUCUCCCAGAGGCAAACGACACGGGAGACGAAGUUCCAAAUCACCUCAGAUUAUUCCGAAAGAAACCGUUCCCGAUAAAUCCACCUCCGCAGGGCCAGCUCCCCCAGAAAAGAAGGCUGUGGAUGAAUCCUGUGAGCCCACAGACAGCAUCUGGCCCGAGCUGGCGAAAGAGGCUGGAGCAAACGACGGGGAACAUCUCUUCGGAGCUAACCGCGAGAGAUUGUUUGACGCGUGGCUGGCGAACCUCGAGAAGCGGAACCGGUGGCUGGUCGAAGGGCAGCUUACGGUCCUGCCACCAUCGGCAUCCGACCCUCCGCCAGGGGGUGGGAGUGAUAUGGGAGUGGCAACAGGGGAAAGUGACAGUACGAGUGGCCAAAGUGGAUGUGCGGGUGACCAAGGGAGCACCUGCGCGCAAGGGAAGAGUGUUGAUACCGCAGCCAAUGAAGGUACCAGUCCGAGUGAUGUGAUGGUGUCAAAAUCUGCGACGCGCAAGAAGGAUGAGGUUGGGGAAUCAGAGCAGGGGAAGAUGUCUUGCGUUGGGAAGGACGGUGAUAAAGCUCUGAAGGGUGCUGAGCGCGAAGAAAAGCCGGCUCGGUCGAGUGGAGUCGUUACCAAACAGAUUGAACUUGAAAACGGCACCAAAGUCGAAGUGAAAAUGCGGAAAAAGAAAGUGAAGCAAGACAAAGACGGUACGGGACAUAAAAGUGUGGCAGCCAAAGUAGCAAAAUUCCAAUCACGCCAGAGCUUGCCAGUUGUUACUGAGCAGAGCAAACCAAAGGUCGUUGGUGCCACUAUGAAAAAUGGCACUACCACACAGCUCAACCCCAAAAGUUCCACUAGUUCAAUCUCCAAAAAGGUCGAGGGUCCUGUCAUUGAAGGGAAGCUAACAGUGGCGCUUCGAAAGACGUCUCCGAAAGAGCCGGUUGUGGACAACUCGCAGACACUAAAACGGAACACAAUCCAUCUACCGAACCUCGCCAAGGGGAGACCCGAAGUGCCUGACCCAGUCGAGGGCAAACCGAAGCCAGAGCCUCCCAGACGGGGUCACGUCACCUUCAAGUCGGCGCUGCGGUUUUUCCAAGAGACAGUCGGCUCGGAUCCCGAACCGUCCGUGGAGUCUACCCCAGAACGCACUAUGCGACCCGUCAGUUGUGCUGCCGCGCUUGGGAACGUAACCACGAGUUGUGAAGAUGAAGUUCGUGUCGCUGGCAGUGGCCCUGUGGCGGAGGCUAGUCCCGUGCCGCCACCUCGCCGCCGCAAUGCGGGACGAGGUCAGCGUACGUCAGUUUCUCCGCUACCGUCGACGUCGUCGCCCUCGGUUCCGCCGACUUCUCAGCCUCCCUCACCUCCUCAAACGUCACCGCCACCGCCACCACCACCUCCUCCACCUCCGCCUCCACCGCCUCCAGCGCAGCCAUCAGCGACAUCUAAGGUGUCCAGCCCAUCCUCAUCGAGUCGCGCCAGCCCUGCCACUCAGAGGAGGGACAAGAAAGCGAGCGGUGCAACGAGCACAUCACCGCGUCUACCGGAAAGGGGCAGACCCUCGGCAGCGGCCUCAUCACCUAGGGCUCCGCCUCCUUCAGGAAUGGACUCUGUUCUGGCGGAGCUGAAGAACUCCCAGCGGAAUCGUCUGACGGCAAUCGAAGGAGGUCGAGUUCCCCGCAUCGCGUGUAAGGACACAGUCCUGAGUGAGCUUCAGGGCGUGCAGGAGGGUCGACUGGAGCGACCGAACCGACCGACGGCGGCGCCAUCACGGCUCUUCCGUCGACUUCAGUGCGAGUUUAACGACAAUUCUUCGCCGGACGAGUCCACUUGCACCGUCGAGGGGAAGUCACAUGGCGAGGGCGAAUCCACUGAAGUGGAGGGGAGGUCGAUGACUGAUAGCGGGAUCUCCUCCAAGAACAGUCUCUCGACCGAAUCGGGAUUCUCUGAAGAUGAGCCGACGUAGAGUUCUCAGUUCUCGUUGCGAAAAUACGCCAUUAUCCACGGGUGCGCUCCCUUUGUUUAGGAGCUUUUUGUUUUGUUUUAUGGCUCCGUUGCCUCGAACGGAACCGGUGAUCUUAUGUGUUAACUGUAGACAUGUCAGCUAUGUGCUAGUGAUUUCGUGUCUUCUGGGAAGUUAUGUUGUUAAGUUCAGACCGCUGGUGACUGCCUCAAUGCUUGUACUGCCUCUGCGAAGCCUGCGUUUGGCUUUGUUCCUCCUUUCGUUUGAAGUCUCUUUGCAAGUAGCAAAGAAGCACUAAUGCAAUGUUUGCAAGUGUGGCCUGCCUAAAGAGCUUUGCUCCCUUGGCUUCCUGUCACCUAUUUAUUACUUUCCUUUCCUUAACACGCUGUAUUUUUGUAUAAAGCCUGCAACUGA